GGUUACAAUUACAAACCUAGCUGGAACCAUGGUAGCAGCGACAUUCCUAAACCAGAAAACAUGCCAAUCUCAUUUUCUAACAGCGACCGCACAUUCACAGGAACCAGUGUUGCUCUUCCCAUGGUAAUCAAAGUUCAAAUCAACAACAACACUGUUUUAAGAGUCUCCGUCAAUGAAACCAGUCAAGCCAACGUUCUCUACAUGUCCGCUUUCUUGAGGAUGGGACUAUCAGAGACAAUGCUGAAACCAUUCCAAGCUUAUCUCAAGGGUAAUACUGGAGAUGGUGUACCAGUGAAAGGAUACAUCGAUUUGGACACUACAUUUGGCAAAGGAGAGAAUGCUAAGAUUAGAGCUGUACGGUAUUUGGUUAUUGAUUCAUGGUCUGUUUAUAAUGUUGUUAUUGGCAUGCCUGUUGUUGCUUAUUUGGAAGCAGUGAUCUCGAUAGUACAUCUCAAAAUGAAAUAUCCUAUUGGAGAUGGAAUGGUUGGAGUUGUCAAGGCGGAUCUUGAAAUGGCCAACAAGUGUCACCAAAUGUGUCCUUAUUAUAUGGGUUAGGGUUUUUCUAUCAAUUUUCAACAACUAAGAAA